GCGACGAUCAGGUGACGCUAUCGGGAGGGGCAGCACGUGGUGAUAACAGAUUGCUGACAUAAUCUCUAUCAAUGAAUUGCCGGUGGCUAAAAAAGAAAGAAAGACGAAGGCCUCACUCAUGUUACGUUCCCCUGUCCCGAUUGAAGGGCAAUGACUGGAUUUACGAUUACUGUCGGGGUUUUGGCCUUGCAAGGCGCUUUCUACGAGCAUGUCGUGCUCCUGAGAACGGCAGCCGCCAAUCUGGCCUCAGAUAAAACCCAAUCCCCUACGAAAUGGGAGUUCAUCGAAGUGCGGACCCCGCUCGAACUGGAGAGAUGCAAUGCCCUGGUUUUGCCGGGAGGUGAAAGCACCGCCAUUUCUCUGGUUGCCGCUAGAUCGAAUUUGCUGGAGCCAUUGAGGGACUUUGUGAAGGUCCAUCGCAAGCCCACCUGGGGUACCUGUGCGGGACUCAUUCUCCUCGCAGAGUCGGCCAACAAAACAAAGAAAGGCGGCCAAGAAUUGAUCGGAGGCCUCGAUGUUCGUGUUAAUCGGAAUCAUUUCGGUCGCCAAACCGAAAGCUUCGAAGCGCCACUUGACCUCCCAUUUCUUAGUGCCUCCGGCGAACCCGAAGCACCUUUCCCAGCAGUCUUUAUUCGCGCGCCGGUUGUGGAGAAGAUAUUGCCUCACCAGGAAGGUGUUCAAGUUGCCGAACUCCAGAGGGAUGAGACUGUCGUAGCCCCGUCUCGACAAGCUGAAGAUGAAGCGGCUCGGAAGGCCAUGUCAAGCCAUGUGGAGGUCCUUGCGACUCUCCCCGGAAGGGCCGCACGCUUGGCCGAUGAUGCCAAGGCUAUCGAUGCCGAUGAGGAGGCUGGUGACAUUGUUGCCGUCCGACAGGGCAACGUAUUUGGCACGAGCUUCCAUCCCGAGCUGACCGGUGACGAUAGGAUUCAUUCUUGGUGGUUGCGCCAGGUGGAAGCUGCCGUGAGAGGAGCAAACUGAAAUGAGUAUAAGACGUAAAGCCGUGCCAGCGAGACACGUAAUGAACUGGAUGUAUAAAGAGCGUUUUGCAUGACACGGGGGUAUUAGGUGUAAAUAUUUAUUUAUUUAUUUUUUCUUUUCUUUUUGGGGCGCUGCUGUUUAAUGCCAAUGAUAGACACAAUAGAAUUUACACAUAAACGCCAUGACUGCGCCUGUUAAAUGA